AUUUCAAACAAAAAAAAUAGUUCACAUCUAUGUCUGUGUCACACUCACAGGUGAUACUGCUAAAACCCUAGAAACUGAGCAAGCAAGCAGUUAGAACUCACUUCAGGAUCCAUUUCGUGUAGAAAAAACGCAGUCAUUCCUCUCAUUCUCCACUAUCUUCACUGAUUUCGAUCUCUCCACUCAUUCAUCUCCGUAAGAUGCUCCUCGACCUUCAUGCACUCGUUCACCUCCAUGGAGAACAACAACAACCGUGACCGCCGCACGUGCUCCAAUCAGCGAAGGUCACGUGACCGAUGGUGCCAACCACAUGACCGUCGCCUUCAUCACCACCCUCUGUUCAAGCGCUCCACCCUCCGAUGCCGCCGGCACCAUCCGCGACGGCGCCGACCACCACAUGGGUUCCAUCAGAAGGCCUGAAGCCUGGUUCGUCAAGAUCGUUUGCACCGUUUUCGCUCGCUCCAGCUCCCUUGAUCGUUUCGUAGGCUAUUUCAGUAAGCAUCUAACCCCUUCUAUAGUCUCUGAGGUUGUUCAUAGAUUCACCAUUGUUCCUGCAUUGGGAUUCAAGGUUGUUGAAUUCACUAAGGAUAAGUUGAAAAUGAAGCAUUCUAGUUGGACUUACAAUUUUCUGUUGCGGUCGCUUUGCGAAUCGGAUCUCCAUGGUUCUGCGAAAUUGGUGUAUGAUUGGAUGAAAUUUGAUGGGCAGUUUCCUGAUAGUUACCUAUUGGGGUUUUUGGUUUCCUCGUAUGCACAAGCUGGCAGGUUCGAUAUUUCGAAGGAAUUGCUUGCUGAUUCUCAGUGCAAUUAUGUUGGAGUCAAUGAUAGUUUGUACCAUCAUUUGUUUGACAUUUUGAUAAGGCAGAAUAAAGUGGGUGAUGCUGUUGUUCUGUUUAGGGAGCUUGUCAUGUCGCGGUAUUGUCCGAAGAUCCAUACGGUCAAUCUUUUGAUGCGGGGUUUGUGCAGGGCUGGGGUAAUUAAUGAGGCCUUUAAGCUUCUCGGUGAUUUAAGGAGUUUUGGUUGUUUACCUAAUAUAAUUACGUAUAACACUCUUAUUCACGGUUUGUGCCAAAUUAGUGAGGUUUGUAGAGCUAGGAGCUUAAUGAAGGAAGUUUGGUUGAAAGGGGAGUUGGCCCCUGAUGUUUAUAGUUAUACAACGAUAAUAUCAGGUUAUUGCAAGUUGGGUGAGACGGGGGAGGGGGUUAAGCUUUUCGAUGAAAUGACUAGGUCUGGAAUUAGACCUAAUAGGUGUACUUUUAAUGCUCUUAUUGAUGGCUUUGUCAAGUCGGGUAAAAUGGAUUCCGCGCUAGCCAUGUAUGCAAAGAUGUCUGUUGAGGGUUGUCCUCCUGAUGUUGUCACUUUCACUUCCCUAAUUUAUGGCUAUUUUGGAGUUGGACAGGUGAAACGCGCCUUGGAAAUAUGGCGUAAAAUGAAUGAUAGACAUGUUUCUGCAAAUAUAUAUACAUUCUCUGCUCUUGUCAGUGGUCUUUGCAAGAUGAACAGACUGCACGAAGCUCGUAACAUUUUGAGACUAAUGAAUCAGAGUGGCAUUGUUCCGAAGCCGUUUGUCUACAAUCAUGUUAUUGAUGUAUAUUGUAAAUCAGGGAAUGUAGAUGAGGCUAAUAGAAUUGUAGCUGAAAUGGAGGAGAAGAGGUGUAAACCUGAUAAGGUGACAUAUACCAGUCUUAUUAUUGGGCAUUGUACGAAAGGGAGGAUGCUUGAAGCAAUUGGUAUCUUUGAUAGGAUGUUGGUGGUUGGUUGCACCCCGGAUGAAAUCACUGUAAAUGACUUGACAUCACGUCUUUUGAAAGCUGGAAUGCCUAGUGAAGCUGCCCGCAUUAAGAAAGCUCUAUGGCAGAACCAUACAUUGGGUACUUCAUUGAAGAAGAAAUCUUAUCAUCAAAGUACUAAUGCAGAUAUGCCCAUUGCUGUUUAUUAAAGUUCUGUUGCAAACCAGUGGUUAGACAUUGCCUUCCACCAUUUUGACUUGGGUGCUGGAUCCAUGUUUCCAGCUUGUAAAACAAAGGAAACUAUCAUCAGCAGAGGGUCUCUUUUUUGUGGAGACUAUCAACAUUUAAGUUUGCAUUGCCAUUUGCUCCAACAUUCUGCUGAUUGUUUCUGAACCUGAAGUUAGAUCCUGGGUAAUCUACGAAUCUAACAGAAGGCCAUCAAAAUUUGAUGUUACUUAUAUGUAGAAUUGGCUAUUUAUUUUGGCAGGUCUAGCUUGGGUGAGUUACAACAAACUCCCAUAUCCAAAUCCUAUGGGGGAAGAGAUGCUGUAAAUCACUGAAGUCUUGAUUUUAUGGCAUUGCAGGUUCAGAGACAAUACAUAUCUUAGGUUUAUGCAGCACUUGGAGAGCCCCAAGUUUUAUGCUUCACCAAUCCUCCGACCUCAGAUAUAUGACACACAUGUGGAUGAGUCAGUGAGUAUAUCAGGUUGAACGAGAUUUCAUGCCAAAACUUUGGGUUCAAAUAUGGGUUGAAUAAGGUUUUCUUUUACUCUUUUUCGGCUCACAUAACAGUAAUGUUAUCAGAUGUUACAAAGGGUGAGGUGUGAUCACAAGGAGUUUUGACCAUGUGAUCAAAUUGUUGAUUCUUUUUAGACUGUAUAAAAUAAGAAAAGCAGAGACUCACAGAACAGUUUCCUGCACAAGAGAAGAGGAAAGAAUGUAAAGUCUCGUUGUAGUUGAAUGCUAGUCUUGCUGGUUAAUUUUGUUAAAUUUAAUUUAUUUAGCCAUUUAGUUUACACCUUUCACAAGAUUAUCUUUUGUGGAGUAAUUUUACACCUUUUGAUAGCAGUUUUUGAAUAAAAUCUUCUGUCUCAUUGUUCUA